GGCACAGAAUUGCUCAUACCGGUGCUAAGCGCUGAAGAAGCCAGACUAUGGACUGGGAAAUGUGUCAUUUUAUUGCUUUGCUCAUCUCAUGUUGACAAAUGGAGUGAUGGCAGCUGAAUAUCCUCGCACUGAUGUGACUGAGGCGCACAGAGGGAGUGAAAUCACCAACCUUGCCAAAGGGAAAGAUGGAAAGGAUUACUAUAAACGGGACAUCUUGAUCUUUUUCACCACCUGAGGUGGUCUGCAUUGGAUUCAGUGACCCGCGCAGAUCAACUGUUUCACAUUUCAAUGCACCUGAAAAACCCUGGAUGUGUGUUGGCUUCAUCGAGACCCGAGGAAGCGCACACUGUCCUAUUCAACUCUUCGAUGAUGAGUGGCUCACCUAUCCCUCGAGUAGAGGCAGCAUCAGGUGCUGAUCCCUGGAACGCUCACAGGAGCUUCAAUGACAGCGGUGCUAUCGGUGACGGCUGGAGCAUUAGUGGCAGCGGUCCCUGGCUUCUCGCAGUCAUGCUUUCCCUCAUAAUUCUGGUGACAGCUUGUGGGAACAUUUUGUUGAUUGCCUUGGUGUUCGCACAUCGGUCGCUGCGCUGCACCUCCAAUUGCUUCCUGGUGUCCCUCUUUCUGUCAGACUUGAUGGUGGCUCUGGUCGUGAUGCCUCCCGCUAUGCUCAACGUGCUGUGUGGGACCUGGGUGCUGGCGCCUGGGUUCUGCCCCGUCUGGCUUUGCUUCGAUGUGAUGUGCUGUAGUGCUUCCAUUCUCAACUUGUGUGUCAUCAGUCUGGACCGCUACCUCCUCAUUAUCUCUCCAUUGCGAUACAAACAGCACAUGACCCCGCCCCGUGCCUUGCUGCUGGUGGGCGGGGCUUGGGGGUUGGCUGCGCUUACGUCUUUCCUGCCAAUCAAGAUGGACUGGCACAGCCUGGGUCGCGUGCAAGACCUUUCCGAGCACUAUCCCGCCAACGCCACAGUCUCGCCAUUGAGUUCCUUCUACCCCCCCUCAUACUUCCAGCUUUCCACGUCAGGGACGCCGUCAACGCAGUGCCGCCUGCGGGUGACUCUCCCCUUCGCCCUUGUGGCGACCUUACUCACCUUCUUCUUGCCCUCUACGGCCAUCUGUUUCACCUACUGCCGGAUCCUGUUGGCGGCCAGAAGACAGGCGCGACAGGUGGAGGCGCUUACUCAUCCUCCUUACCCACAUCACUCGCAUGGUGAACCAUCUCAUCCUCCGUCUCUCGGUCACGCUGUGCAUGAUGGAGACGACUACAGCCACCCGGAGCCACCCGUGCUGCGGCACGGUCCGUUGUCGGUGAACAGCGAGCGCAGACUGGCACACAGGCAAAGGAAGAGAGCUCUGAAAGCCAGCCUAACCCUGGGAGUGCUCCUGGGUCUCUUCUUCAGUGCCUGGCUUCCCUUUUUUAUCACCAACAUGGCACAGGCAGUGUGCGAGUGCAUACCUCCUUCCUUCUUCGACGCCAUCACCUGGUUGGGCUACUGUAACAGCACCAUGAACCCAAUUAUAUAUCCAAUGUUCAUGAGGGAUUUCAAGAGGGCUUUGGCACGGCUUCUACCCUGCUGUUCUUCAUCUCAAGCCCCUCGUAGGCCAUCCCUGCCACUUUCCCUUUCUCUGCGCAACUCAGGAGAACCGCAACUGCCCACCGAACCCCCCUCCCUCGUGUCUGACCCGCCUCAACUACCGGCGACGGCCACGGACGCCGUUAACCUUCUCGACGCUGAACACGCCGGGAUCGACCUGCCUCUGCUGCUGCCCAACCAGAUCGAUGCGCUGGACGAUUGAUACACCGACUGAGACUACAAAAAAAAAAUGCAAUAUAUACUGUGGGUUGUAAGAUGUGUGACUUCAGGCAGUGUGUGAGUGCAUAUACGUUUGUGUGAAAAUGUGCUACAAAAAUCAAUGGGAUAAGUGUUAAUGGGUUAGUCGUGCAUAGACUGGGAGGCUGCAUCGUUCCUUAAAGCAGAUCACAGAGAUUGUACAUUUAGUACGGUCUCAA